UUAGAUUUUCUGCCUCGCUCUGUUAGCAGGUUAGAAACAUUACAGAGUAGGCCUAAAGGAUUGUUUUUAUUACAUUUAACUGAAUGACUUGUACAAAACGACACGAGACGUUAAUUAAACCGCAUAUAGAGAGGCUCAACGCGUCCGGUAGAGUAACAUUAACGGCAGCAAAAGACGGAAAGCUGCGCUAUUAGAGGUCACCAGAUCAUCUGAGCUCAGCACAUCUAACAUCUCUAAAAUGGACUGUGAAGAUGAUCUGGACAUUUUGACGGCACUGCUAGAAGAGAACGAGGGUGUCGGAGAAGAACAAGACAGUCAAGAGCCAGCAGAUGACUUAGAUGGCCUGUUUGACGAAGACAAUGAUGAAGAGGAAGAAUACAAAGAGAGUGUCGACGAAGAAGAGCCAGAUGUAGCCACAGAGGACGUGGUGUCAGAUCUCUUUGGGGAUGUCGAUGACAUUGAAGACGAGGAGAAGGACACUAAAGGAAAAGAAAGUAGAAGAGAAGCCUGCGAGGAACUAAACAGGUCGAAAGAGGAUUUACAAGAUGAGUUGAGGCGGAUGCAGGAGCAAAUGCAAAGAUUACAGCAGCAGUUGGAGGCCAGUCAGAAGGUUUCAUUACCAUCAUCCCCCCGAGUCAGGACUGCAGGAAGUUCAACUACACCCAAACCAGCACCUUUGCGACAGCCAACCUCCAAAGUGCCGCAGGUCAAACCAGCCGCUGCCACACAGAAGCCCAAGACACAAGCAGUAGCAACAUCUCCAUCCACUCCAGCCAGAGGAGGGAGCCUGAAGCUCCAGGAGUCCUCAGAGUUUUCUUCUCAGCUCAAUAAUGCUGACUCAUUCAAACGCAAACCCAGACUGGCUCACCAGCCCAAACCCAGCACCUCAUCAGAAGACAGAGGACCGCUGGUAGAGAUAAAGAUCGGCAGCUCCUUCCAGCCAGUAGAGAGCACCAGCAAGGUUUCAGCUCCUCGGCAGUCUCCUCCAGCUUCCCACAGCAGACCUGCACCAGCUGCUUCAGCGGGACAGUCUAAAGUUGCUUCUUUUCCUUCUCUACCUAAAGACGUGGCUAUUGAGAAAUACUCAGGACUGCGGCUCAGAAAACCGCGGGUUUCCUCCAGCGACAUGGACCGCAAGAUGGCUGACCGCCGCCUGAUCCGUCUGUCACAGGUGCCGGAGCGUUUGACUCGGGAGAAGCUGGAGGACAGCGACUGGGUGACGUUUGCCGUGCUGGUCAACAAAGCCACGCCGCAAAGCAGCAGCAGUGGCAAAACCUUCAGCAUCUGGAAACUCAACGACCUCCAUAACCUGGAUGUGUUUGUAUCUCUGCUGCUGUUCGGUGAAGUCCACAAAGAGCACUGGAAGACGGAGCCGGGCACCGUCAUCGGACUCCUCAACCCCAACCCCAUGAAGCAGAAGGAUGGAUACGACGGGGUGAGUCUGACGGUGGAUCACCCACAGAAGGUGCUGCUGAUGGGUGAAGCUCAGGACUACGGAACCUGCAAGGCCAUGAAGAAGAACGGAGACCCGUGUUCUCAGAUUGUCAACAUGUAUGAGUGCCAGUAUUGCCAGUAUCACGUGAAGGCCCAGUAUAAGAAGAUGAGCUCGCACAGGGCCGAGCUGCAGUCUUCCUUCUCUGGAAAAGCCCCCAACAAGGUGAAGGCGAAGGGAGGCGGCCUGAGAGAGCGGCUGUGUCAGGACGGCUUCUACUACGGUGGCGUUUCCUCGGCUGCCUGCGCCUCUUCACUGACUGCGUCCAAACCGAACAAACCUGUCCAGAGAACUCUGGACAAGCUGUUUGUGAAGGGAUCGGCUCGACUCGUCGAACAGGCCAAGAGUCUCGCUCUGCAGUCUGGUGAAGUUUCAGGUUGUUCAAAUGAAUUCAAGAGCCUGAUGUCGGUGCCAACACCUGGAGCUCUGCAGCUGAAGAAGCACCUGGCACAGGGCAGCCCGUCAGUCUCCAAAGAUGUAACUGGAGCUCCGGUUCAGUCCAUCUCAGCCUCCGACCUGCUGAAGCAGCAGAAACAGAAGCAGCGGGAGCUUCUGGAGAACCGGCGGCGGAGAGCGGACGAGAUUCAGAAAAGAGCGCUGCAGAACUCUGGUGGUGCCAGACCAGCGCUGAGCCGAGGUGGCCUGAUGUCCCCGAAAGCUGCUUCAGAGGUUCCCAAGGCAACACAAAGCCCCUCAGCGCCGCACACCCCAACCCUGGGCCGAGGUUUCUCUGAGGGGGACGACAUCCUCUUCUUCGACAACAGCCCGCCUCCCGCUCCUGCUCCCAGCGCUCUCAACCUAUCAGCCGCCAAGCUGGCUGCUCUGAAGAAGCUGAAGGCCAAAGGGCUUGAGAAGGAAGACCCCAACGCUGUGAAGAGGAAGAGGAGCAGCAGCAGUGAGAUCAGCGCUCGAGUAGAGAAGAAUCGGACCUCACCUAAUGGUGAGUCACCCAAUAACGAAGAGGAGGAACCAGCCCAGAAAAAGAAACGCGAUCAGCUCCGCUACAUCCAGUCAGAGGAGUUCCAGAAGAUCCUCAAUGCCAAAUCUCGCCACGGGGCUGCACUCCAAGCGGCGGAGUACCAGCUGCAGGAGCGCUACUUUAACGCUCUGGUGAAGAAGGAGCAGAUGGAGGAGAAGAUGAGGGGCAUCAGAGAGAUGAAGUGUCGAGCUGUCACCUGUAGAAAGUGUGGUUACACCUACUUCAAACCGGCGGAUCGCUGUGUGGAGGAGAACCAUGACCUGCGGUGGCACGAUGCUGUGAAACGCUUCUUCAAAUGUCCGUGCGGUCAGAGAGCCAUCGCUCUGGACAGACUGCCACACAAACACUGCAGCAACUGUGGUCUCUUUAAAUGGGAACGGGACGGGAUGCUGAAGGAGAAAAUAGGACCGAAGAUCGGCGGAGAGCUUCUGCAGCCUCGAGGAGAGGAGCACGCCAAGUUCCUCAACAGCAUCAAGUGACUUCUGGUUGUUGAGGGAAACAACGUGUAUUUAGGUUUUUAUCUUUGUAAUUUAAGGUUUUAGUAGCAUUUGUAUGUGUGUGUCAGUUAUGUUUUUAAAGUUUUACAUGACUUUCUUGUUGAUUAUCAUGAUUUGAAUGUCUGUGGUGAUCUUGGACAUGCUGGAAAUGGGCUGAUUAAAGCAAUAACUUGCAACUUU